CUUUCGAUUCAAGAUGGCGGCUACACCAGCAACCAACCCUUCACAACUGCUUCCACUCGAGCUCGUGGACAAAUGUAUCGGCUCCAGGAUACACAUAGUGAUGAAAACCGACAAAGAAAUAGUCGGCACGCUGCUGGGCUUUGAUGAUUUUGUCAACAUGGUUCUGGAGGACGUGACAGAGUUUGAGAUCACCCCAGAGGGAAGAAGGAUAACCAAACUGGAUCAGAUCCUUCUAAAUGGAAAUAACAUCACCAUGCUCAUCCCUGGUGGAGAAGGACCCGAGGUGUAAACCCUGAUUGCUCCUAAGUUUGUACUGUUCUCUCAUUGAUGUCCUUGUUCCUGCGUCUUUGUGUCAGGAAAUUCCUUUUAGUUAAGAUUUUAUUUUUUUUUUCCCAUUCAAACAUGCUGAAAUGU